UUUAAUUUCAAUUCAAAUCUGCAAAAGAAAAAAAAAGGAAAAAAAAUCUCUUGAUUUUGAAACGAAGCUUGUUCUUUAGCGUAAAAUAGUUUCGAUAUUUUUUAUUCGUUUUAUAGUAACCAAAUGGCUGGAGUUUGCUGUGGAGUUGUUCCUGAAAGUGAAACUGCAGCUGCGGUCGAACAAACAUCGAAAUCAUCUCGUCGCCGGAGAAUGGAAGUUCGUCCGUUUAAGUUUGUGGCUGACGCUGCCGUUCAACCGCCGUCGGAAAACGGCCGGAAACGUCAGAAGCUUGACCUCGAUCUCGUUCUCCCGGCUUCUCCUCGUGACUGUGAUAACGCUGUUGAGAGCUCCGGUACUAACAAGGUUAACGGAGAUCAGGAAAUUAAUGAAGGUUUAAAUUCUAAUGGAAUAGUAGAAUUAGAAAAGGAAUUGCCGAAGUUUGGUUUGACUUCCGUUUGUGGUCGACGACGAGAUAUGGAAGACUCCGUUUCAAUUCAUCCGUCGUUCUGUAAACUAACCAGUGAAGCUCAAAUUUCGUCGGAUAUUCACUUUUUCGCCGUGUUCGACGGCCAUGGCUGCUCUCAUGUUGCGAUGAAGUGUAGAGAUCGGUUUCAUGAGAUAGUAAAAGAAGAAAUCGAAGCCUGCGGAGGAGAAAAGGCGGUGGAGUGGAAGCGAACCAUGGAGAGAAGCUUUGAGAGGAUGGAUAUGGAAGUUCAACAAUCUACGGUGGACUCCGUAGAGAAUCCGAAUUGCCGAUGCGAACUCCAAACUCCACAGUGCGAGGCCGUCGGAUCUACCGCUGUGGUUGCCGUUGUCACUCAGGAUAAGAUCAUCGUAGCUAACUGCGGUGAUUCCCGCGCUGUCUUGUGCCAAAACGGCGUCGCUCUUCCCCUCUCCGACGAUCACAAGCCGGAUCGACCCGAUGAACUGCUCCGAAUCGAAGAAGCCGGUGGUCGAGUAAUUUACUGGGAUGGAGCUCGAGUUCUUGGUGUUUUAGCCAUGUCAAGAGCAAUAGGUGAUAAUUAUUUAAAGCCCUUCGUUAUACCAGAACCAGAGGUAACAAUAACAGAGAGAAGCAGCAGAGAUGAAUGUUUAAUAUUAGGAAGCGAUGGACUAUGGGACGUGGUGACAAACGAGACAGCUUGUGGGGUGGCGCGUAUGUGUUUACGCGCUCAAAAGCCAGCAUCACCACCUAUGUCUCCGGAUAGUGACGCUGUGGUUCGCGGUGCUGGAGUCGAGAGUUCGGAUAAGGCUUGUUGGGAUGCUUCCAUUUUAUUAACCAAAUUGGCUUUGGCUAGACAUAGUACCGAUAACGUUAGUGUUGUCGUUGUUGAUUUGAAGGAAAAUCAACAGUUAUAAAUAAAAAUUAGAAUUUUAGAGAUUACUAAUAUUUAACUAAGAGACGCAGAAAAAGUAUUAAUGAAAGAAAAUAUUGUAUUUUUUUGCCAAUUUAAGGAAAUAUUAAAAUGUAAGAUGUGCUUUUACUGUUUUUGGCAAAUUAUAAAUGAGUAUAUAGUCGGUUAAUUGCAA